AUGCCCGGCGAUUAUUCUCCUCGGUCUUCCGAGGACUAUUCUCCCAACGGGAGUGACGAGGGCGAUCCCCGAUGCCCCCUUUCCAAAGACAUCUUGAGGAAGCAUAUCCCAAAGGGCUUCGAGAGACCUCCUACGCUCCCCGCGUACGAUGGUUUUACCGACCCCGACGAUCACAUAGCUAAUGUCAACGCUAACCUGAAUUUCAGGAAUAUUAGCGGUGCCAUUAGGUGCACACUAUUCCCGACCACACUGAGGAAGGGAGCGAUGGCAUGGUACCAAAGCCUGCCCCCUCAAUCUAUCCACUCGUGGAGGGACCUUACAGAACAGUUCUGUAGACACUUCACUGCUUCCCGCAAGCACCCAAAAACUGUGCAUGCCUUGGAGGCCAUAUACCAAGCCGAGGAAGAAACUCUCCGCAAUUUCGUCGAGAGGUUCAAUAAAGAGGUUGUGCAGGUCGAGACGACCGACGAUAUGAAGAAGUAUUUGCUGCAGAGGGGCCUUCGCCCGGGCAGCGAUUUUGCCAAAGCUGUUGGCAUAGAAAAACCACCCACCUGGGACGACCUCCUCUUAAAAGCUCAAAAGUACAUUGAGUACGAGGAAGUCCAGGCAGCUGAUGUCGCCCGCCUUGCCCGACCUAGAAGCGGCCACCCUGCCCGCGAGUCCUCCCAUAGGACCGAUGAUAGGGGCGGCGACAGGGGAAACGACAGAGGCGGCGAUAGGGGUGGCGAGAGGGGCAGAGACAGAAGGAGGGGCGAAAGACGAGAGCCUCGUGGCCCUACAAGCACAUUCAGCACCUACACCCCCUCGUCAAAUCUCGGGGAGAGGUAUUCGCUGAAGUUCACAUCUCCGAGUUCAACAGAGCAGGUGUGA